AUGUCGUCGUCGUCAUCUUGUGCCAAACCGGAGUUCAGAAAUGGCGAGUCGAUCUCCGGGUAUGAGGUGGUAAAGAAACUUGGAUCCGGGGGCUUUGGAGCCGUUUAUCACGUUCGGAAGGACGGAAUUGACAUGGCGUUGAAGACGGAGUUCAUCGACGACGAGGAGGAUCAGACGCUGAAGAACGAGGCGCACAUGCUCAGAUUGAUGCAGUGGUCGCCCGCUUUCUGUCGGCUUUACGCUGCCAUAAAGGUUUGAGAGGGAGGGAAUCUGAACGUGUUUGCGAAGUGAGUUUCAGUUGAACUGGGGGAUCCAGAAAGUGAACAUAAUGGUGAUGACUCUGUGCAGUCGUCCGCUCUCGAGACUCCGUCGCAUGAUGCCUGACAAACACUUCACGAAGUCGACGGCCGCCCGUCUUUCCGUCCAACUGCUUGAGGCCAUCCGAGACCUCCACACCACCGGAAUUCUCCAUCGGGACAUCAAGGGAAGCAAUUGCGGAUGGCACGCGCCGAGCAGAAGGAUCCUGUUGUUCGACCUCGGUUUCAGCAGAAAAUAUGUGGGAUCGAAAAGCAUUUAUGCACCAAAUAACUCUUCAUUUCAGCUGGAAUUGGACCCGACCCGUACGAGAAUCCGUCAUCGGGCCGCCAGAAAAAGCCCCGGGUUUAUGGGAACGAGCAAGUAUUGCAGCGUGUACGCGCACGACGAACUGGAUCAAGGAAGACGGGACGAUCUGUGGGCGUGGCUUUACUCGAGCGUCGAGUUCUUCCUGGUGAAAUUACCGAAUUGAAAUGGGAGCAAGAAUUAGAAAGUCUGUUCAGGGAUCGCUUCCGUGGACGAACGAAGAUAAGACAAUUCUGGUGAGCAACAUGAAGAAGAAGGUCGGAAAGGGCCUUUUCUUCAAAUGUCCCCGUGAGAUUGCUCUCAUGUUCGAGCAUAUCCGGUGAGAAUUCGUCUUCGUGGGAAAAUCCUAUCGAGUACUUCCCUUUGCAGUCAGCUCAAGUUCGAUUCGUGCCCCGAUUACCAGGCGAUGCUGAAUCUCUAUCAGCAAAUGUUUGUUCGGCUCGAGAUCCACGAGUCGGAUCCUUUGGACUUUGAGGAAGGAUCCGCAUUCUACGAACUCUACUUCACCAAGUUUACCGAUUCGGAAAAAGAGCUGGAGAGCGAGGAGACGUCCGGCGGGGAAGUGGUCACUCUGAGCUCGACGAACGGAUCUUCGCAGAAGGAUGAGAACAAGCUCGGCAGGUUCGCAAUGGGGCGCUUCGAUCGAGUUUCCGUUCUUUCAAGACUCGCCAUUGCAGACUCGCAGCCGGAUUUAACCGGGCAAUCAGCCGUUUGAUGAACGUCAAAGUGCUCUGA